UCUCCCGCUUAUUUCUCUUCUUUAUUUUGUGCCCAAUAAAAAAUUAGGGUUUUUGCUGCUGCAUUUGUUUUGUUUUGAAUUGCAUUGAAUUGAAAUCGCGUUUAACAAUGGAGGUGGGUUAUUACGGUAUGCCAUUGGGUUUUCGGUUUCAUCCUACUGAUCAAGAAUUGGUCAGUUCCUAUCUUCGCGAUAGAGCCCUCUCCGGAAAGCCCUUGGGCAACCCGUUUGUUCACGAGUUCAAUCUCUUUGGACAAACACCACCCUGGGUGGUUUGGGAGCAAUUCGGUGGAAAUUCCCUACUCGAUCAGGACUUGUUCUUCUUCUACGAGCUGCGUUCUAGAAGCGACAGCGAUAGCCGCAGCAAACGCCAGAUCGAAGCCGGAGGCACUUGGAGCGAAACAUCCUCCGACAAAGUUUUAGGUUUGGACGGAAUUCCAAUUGGGGAUAAAGGGCAUUUCAGGUAUAACAACAAGGGUUCUAACAACAAUGGCGGCUGGCUGUUAGAAGAGUACAGUCUUCUUCCUAAUGUAGUUGCUGGCCCAAAGGUCGUUCUUUCCCGACUUAAAAGGAAUCCGAGGUCUAGGUGCGGAAACAAGAUGAAUUCCUCAAGUCCAACUCAUGACUUCAAUGAGAAGCCACCGAUUAAGAGGGCAAGAAAAGAAUUAUCGAAUGAGAAGCCGCUGAUUAAGAGAAAGAGAGCAAGAAAAGAACCGGGUUCACAAAAACAUUCUAAUGUGAAUGUGAUCACCAAUACCCCUGCUGUUUUGCCUUUUGUUGGAACUGAAAGCAAUAUGAUUACUGACACUAGGUAUCAGGAUCAGGAGUGCAUAACCAACAUUAACGGCAAUACGAAGCCGACUGAUUUCUCUGAUCAGGAUAGUGUGAUAUUGAUGAGUGAUGUUCCUUCUUAUCCCAUAUGCUUGGACGGCGACACUAGCAAUCACGACCAGGGGUGCAUAAGCUACAUUAACGGAAAUGUGAUGCCCAUUCCCACUCAUAUUUCAGAUCAUGAAUAUGUGCCACUGAUGAGUGAUGUUCCUUCUUCUCCAAUAUUCUUGGGCGGCGGGGAAUAUCCUUUAGACGGUGAAGCAGUGCGUGGAGACAUUAAAGAAUGGUUGACAACGCUUGAAGGUAAAUUGCCCCGGGAGUGGCCUCAAAUUGACGAAUUCAGCCAACCGUUAGACGGGUUCAAUUACUGGACAGACUGUUUGUGGAUGAACGAUUCUGUGAAUGAUCAAUAGAGGGACGUAGAGGUGACAGCAGCUGUCUAAUUUCCAUGGCGUGCAUAUAGAAGCACAGUUAUGAUCAGGAUAUAUUUUAUUUCCGUUCUUAGUAUAUAUGCUUUGAUUUCUUUUGGUUCAUUAGUUAAUUAAGAAAUUUGGUAUAGGUGUUUACCUGGGCCCUCUUCUCUGACGUACUUAUACAUUGCCUGCCUUUCAUUUUGCUUCUAGGAUCGUUUCCAAUUUUAAUGCACUGAAUGCUUUAUAAUACAUUUCUUUUCCACCCAAGCUUCUUACUUUCUUUUUAUUUUUAUUGACAAAAGGUUUCAAGGUUGAAGAUUUCAAUUACUAAUUUACUAUACCAAAUUUGAAAAUCAAAUUAAUGUUUUCUUUUCCUUUGAAUUACUCCCUCUGCAUAAGUGGCUUGUGAGCGUGUGCAUGUUCUGUGUAUUGUGCUUGAAUUUUGAUGGUAACAUGGUGUGUUAAGUGUUCAGUGUCAGUUUGUGAACGUGUUGAUAGUUUUGUUGACGAUAAGGACAAUUAUCAUGUUUCUUGCCACUGUUUUUAUGGAUUUUUUGUGGAAUGUAAGUUCUCUCUUUAAUUUUUAGUAUUCAUACCUUAGUCUAUAUUAUAUGUGUCACGUUCUGUUUUGGACCAGCAAUGCAAGUUUCUCGCUGUUGUCCUCAGUUGUGUUUUUGGACUGUUUUGCUUUUACGGUUCUAUUGGUCUUGACAUCUUGUCCAUAACUGA